GUGAUCUCCCAUUUCCUACUACUAAUGAAAUUGUUCUUGACCGGCUUUAAAAAAAUGGCGGAAAGUUGCGCUGCAAAACACUUUGUGCUGGUUCACGGAGCAUGCCACGGGGCAUGGUGCUGGUACAAGUUGGUGGUUUUACUAGAAAAAUACGGCCACAAAGUCACCGCCGUGGAUUUGGCCGCUUCCGGCCGGAACGUGGAGGAUCGGUUGCAAGAUUUGCAGACGAUCGACGACUACCAUAAGCCGCUGUACAAGUUCUUCGAGGGUUUGCCGGACGACGACGACGAGGAUAAGGUUAUCCUGGUCGGCCAUAGUCUGGGUUGCUACGCGGUUUCUUCCGCCAUGGAAAGGUUCCAGGAGAAAAUCGGUUGGGGUGUUUUCGUUUCAGGAAUCAUGCUUGGUCCUCACUUGACAAUGGACGAUUUCCCCCCUAAUAAGGUACUUGGACCCGACUAUUAUAUGGAUUCGGAACUGAAAACCAUUGAAGUGAAUGGAAGGAUCCAAACUCAUAUGACCUCCGGGAAAAAGUUCCUAGCAGCCAAUUAUUACCAAAAUUCGCCACCUGAGGAUCUGGAACUAGCAUCUUUGUUAGUACGACCAGCUAAAUUCUUCAUGGAUGAUGAGUCGAAAAAGCAACUCUUGGUUUCAAAGGAGAAGUACGGAUCAGUACGGCGGGCAUUUAUUAUCGGACACGCAUUGGAGGACAGGGCAGAGACGCAAAGAUGGAACGUGGAAAAGAAUCUGCCAGACGCGGUUUGGGAAAUAGAAGGCGCGGAUCAUAUGAUCAUGAUGUCCAAACCUCAAGAACUCUGCGACAUUCUAGUUGACAUUGCUGGAAGGGAAAAUUAUUAGUCAAGCCCAACCGAUCUUGAAAUAUUUCUAUUCUACAUUUCUCCAAAUUAUAGUUUAUGUAAUCAGUACUCCUUAUGUCUCAUAAUAAUUGCCCAAAUAAUUUAACUAGUUGGUUGUGCGUGUUCUUAAUCUUUGUGAGAUCUACGGAGAAGAAUGAUGGCUGAAUUUUGGGAUCAUUUUUCUGUGAUAUUUAUUGAAAUAAAAUUAAGCUUUCUGUGGAAUUUGCUGAUUUAAUUUGGUGCAUGUUGCAUGCAUGCAUGUAAUAGG